UAUCCUCAUACAACCACAGUGGCACAGUGUUUGUGUCCUCACCACUCCAGCCUCACUCACGGUUGUCCAUCUCGUUUUUGGAUUCAAUAUCAUGUGGCUCCUGUUGUGGGUGUUGGUGCCUCUUUUGCUGGGCACAGCCCGGGGGUUACCUUGCUGUUCUGGCGACUACGAGAUGAUUCACAUAGAGAAUGCCGUCUACUGUUCAGACUUCAACAGUCUUAUCACAGUAUACAAGUGGUGUGACGUCAUCCUACUAGUGGACCCACAAACUCUCAACAAGGGAGAAGUAUUUUUAGAAAACCCUUUGAAAACAGAGUACACCCUGGACAACCAAACAUGGGAUGAGAAGUACUGCACUGGGACAUUCUCAAAGAAUUUCUCAUUAGCUACUGAUAAGUCAAUGGUGAAUACAACUAAUAAGACAGUGGCCAUGAUCUGCUCGACUGAGGAUGAUGUCCAACACUACUCACUGUACGCCACUUGUCUACUCAUAUCUUCUGUGUUCCUGCUGGCCACUGUAGUCAUAUACCUGUGGCUGCCAGAACUGAGAGAUCUACAAGGCAAAUGCGUCUUGUGCUUCAUUUUCAGUCUAAUGAUUGGCUACAUCUGCCUUGUCUACCUACAACUGCCUUCUAGUUCACCAGAUUUGCAUCAAACUGACUGUAUAGUUAUCGCAUUCUUGACAUAUUUUUGGAUGAUGAGUGCCUUCUUUUGGCUGAAUAUCAAUUCGUUCAAUAUGUGGCGUUCCGCAGUGUUGGCUCAUAUUAACAUGUCCGAGCGCAGACUCAUGUUUGGUUACUAUGUGGCUGGCUGGGGAGCUCCUCUCUGUUUCCUGUGUGUAGCAUUAGUCACUCAUAAUCUACCUGGUGAUAUAAUUAGACCCAACUUUGGCAUCACCUCCUGCUGGUUUCCUGGUAAACUGGAGCUGUGGAGUUUCUUCUACGGACCUGUUCUGGUAUUGCUCAUAUUCAACAUUGUCUACUUCAUCUCUACUGCACUCUACCUAUGGGCAGACUACCGCAGUCCAAACCCUAUGCCUCGCAUUAAGUCCCUUCGAAUAAAAUUCUGUCUAUACUUCAAACUGUUCCUUAUUAUGGGUAUAACAUGGAUAUUUGAAAUCUUAUCUACAAUCGACAAUGAACCCUGGUAUGUGACGGAUAUCCUGAACUGUUUCCAAGGUGUGAUAAUCUUUGUGGUGAUGAUUGUACUACGCAAGAGAGUUUGGAGACUGUUGGGUGCCAAGCAGCUCUGUGGCAUCACACUCGGCCACUGCUGGAGAUGGGAUCAGAUGGAAGAUGAGGAGACCAUCAAUGAGCUUGUUGAUGAGCAACAGCUGUCAAACACCAACAAUUCCAAACAGUAAUACUGUGGCGACUACUUUCUUCCAACAAAUCUGAGUCUUAAAGCAACAAGUGUCUUCCAAAAACACAAAGCCUUAUCAGCAACAACUGUGAUCUACCCCAAGACUUAACAGAAAUA